CUGUAUACAUCGUUUAGUUUCUCAUAAAGAAAACUUCCAAAAUGUAAGUAAAAGAAUGGAUGAAUCUAACUCCUAUUUAACUCAACCUCACUAACUCGAUCUAUAGACACAGAGAGAGCUUUCAAAAUUUGGUAACAUCGCUCUCAGUUCUCACUACCAAGAAAACUCGACCAUCGUGAUGUCAUCUCUCUCCUACAACGGAGGCUACAUUGGAAAAGAGAGCUGCUUCAACGCUUUCUCCGACAAGACCGGUGAUGUCAAGUUGCCAUGUGAGAGAAGAGAGGAGAAAAAGACAGUGGCGCGUGAGAUAAUGUCACCUCCAAUGUUGCCGUCGCACGUGCCGUCGGUGCUGAAGCGAGAGUACACGAGUGAUGGUCGGCUUUUACUCAAGGAAGAGAAAGUGUGUCGCAACGAGUAUUUUCGAGCUCACAGAUCCAACGGUCGUCUCAUGAUCCAGCUCGUCUCUCUUGAUGAAGAUGAUGAUCGGGAUUCGGAUGUUAAGAAUUGUUGAUGAUCAUCACUAUCUUGAAUGGAGGCAACUUUCUUUCUUGGAAGGCAAGUUACGUUGAAGUUUGAAGCCUUCAACAUGUUUAACCUAUUCACUAAAAUAUCAUCAAUGUUCUGAUUUCUCAAUCACCGUUCUGUUUAGUUUUGGUGGUUUCUUUUAUUUUCAUGUUCCUAUAAUCUCCGAAACUGAAAGAAAGUGGUUGUAAUUUACCGGCUGAAAUGGCUAUUUGCCCAAAUUAAGGUUUAUAAUAUGAUAAUUAUAUUAAAGAUUUGGGUAUAUGCCCUACUCAUUGUUGC